AUGUCGCAGAGUAAGUUAAUUCUCUUUGGUAAGUGGGAGUCUGACAAUGUCACUGUCAACGAAUUGGGUUUGGUUGAUCACAUCACCAUAAAAUCCACCCACCCAUUGCUCCCACACACGGCCGGGCGUUAUCAGGUCAAGCGUUUCCGGAAAUCUCUUUGCCCUAUUGUCGAACGUGUGUGUAAUUCGCUUAUGAUGCAUGGUCGCAACAAUGGCAAAAAAAUCAAGACUAUGAAUAUCAUUAAACACACAUUCGAGAUUAUUUACAUUCUCACUAAUGAGAAUCCUCUUCAAGUUCUCGUCAACGCAAUUGUAAAUAGUGGUGCUCGUGAAGAUUCUACUCGUAUCGGUCGUGGUGGCACUGUUCGUCGUCAAGCCGUCGACGUCUCCCCUCUUCGUCGAGUAAAUCAGGCCAUCCAACUUCUUUGCACUGGUGCUCGUGAAGCCGCAUUCCGCAGCAACAGAACCAUUGCUGAGUGCCUAGCAGAUGAGCUUAUUAAUGCUUCAAAGGGCAGCUCAAACUCCUAUGCCAUUAAAAAGAAGGAUGAGUUGGAGCGUGUCGCUAAAUCCAACCGAUAA